AUGGAGCACGAGGAGGAGUUGAGUAUUGAGGAAACAAACAAGCUGAGGGAGAAGCUAGGGUUGAAGAAACUAGACGUGGAUGAUAAGCAGGACAAGAAGAAGAAAAGGGGUGUCUCUAAAAAUGAGGGUGACAACGAACCGAAGGGACGCGCCAAACGAGGAGGCGCCAAGAAUGGGAAGAGUGGAAAGAAGGACGAAGGUGACGAAGAUAACCAAGAAGCGGGGGAUGCUGAUGAAGGGGAAGACAAAAACGCACGCGGCAAAACGAAAGGGCCCCCCAAGGGAAGCAAAAAAUCAACGCAAACGAUCAGUGAGGAGUUUAAUGAUGACAUAGACGAUGUGGAAAAAUGGAUAAACAAAACGAGAAACGUCAUGGAUAAGAAGCUGGCCGAUGAUGAGGGCAUCAAGUACAGUGACGAUGACGAUGAAGAGGAGAAAGGGAAAAAGAAAAGAAAAAAAAAAAAUAACGUUAAUCGCAGCGUGGCUAGUGGACAUGCCACGGUGGAACACAAAAAUGAAGAACUAACAGAUGACAUGAUCUUGACAUUGAAAGAUCAACACGUCUUAAAUAAUGACGAAGAAAAAGACUACCUAAUAAAUGAAGAAUUAAAAAAAAAAAAUGUAAAAAGUUUACUAGCAAAAAAUGAUGACAGCUUUUGGAGAAAAAAUUAUUAUGACCCCCUCUCGUACUAUGACGAUACAAAUAAGCUGAAUCCAGAGGAUGGUUCAGAUGUGCAUAUGAUUUCGAAAUACGACGAGACGAAGCACUCCUUCGAUGUGACUAUUAAAUAUGAUGAGGAAGGGGGGGGAGGUAAUGAAGACAAUGAUGAUGACACUGCGCAUGGUGGCAGAGGGAAAACGAAGGGAAAGGCGAGGGGAGCAAGGAACACCAAGAGUAGGAAUAAUAGACUCGAGGGUGAAGAAAUGGGAGGAGGCAAGAUACAGCAGACCCAGAAAACGCUACCAAUGCGGCAAUCGAGUAGCCCAGAUGGCGGUGUCUUCAAGGUGAAGAAGAGAAAAAUAAAUAAUAUCAACAGGCGGAAGAAGGAGGAGGACGCGUGGGCCUUUUUGUAUGACGAACCAGAGGGACAAGAUGAAGAGGAGGUGGAUGGGGAAGGAGGACAAGCAAAAGGGAGCGCGAUGGAGAGAAAUACAGCUGAGGGAAAAACUCGAGGGAACGAACAGAACAACGAAAACGCAAACGUCAUAGAAGACGUUCUUAAAAAAAUAAGAGACGAACAAACGAGCAUGGACUUUAGCAGCUACUUCGAUUACAAUAUGGGCGAAAACGAAGAGGACAAGGAGCUGUAUGAACUUUUGCAAAAGGGGAAUAGCCUGAAAAAGAGAAAAAAGGAAAUGGAUUACCAAAAGGAGCUCUUAAAAUAUAUAGUUAUAAACGAGGACGUGAAAAAGAACGAAGAGGUUAGUGGUAAUGUCAUUAAGUUGUCUGACGCGUCCGAGUUCUGCAGAAGCAUAACGCUCCCAAUGGAAAUACAGGAAAGUGAGAACAUGGCGAAGCUGCAUAAAGGGUCGGGGGGGCUUCUUGACGCAGAUGGAAGUAUAUCCCUCGGCGAAGAUCGUUUAUCCAAUACGCUAGCUCCCCUCAGCGUCAAUGCAAACGGUGACGAUAACGAUGACGAUGAAGAUGACAACAACAUGAACUUGAGCGAAAACGCAUUUUCCCAAGAUGGGGUGUCCGAAAUUUUUAACGAAAUUAAAGUGGAUGAGGGAUUGUUCGGAGCGCUGGAGUAUUUAAAAACAAAAGGAGAAUUAAAUAUGGAAGAGAAAAUUUAUCGAAAUCCGGAGAACAGACCGUUGCAUAUGUCCACGUCAAAGCAUGACAUAAAGCUGGACUACAAGAAUGACUCGGGCAAAGUGAUGACACCCAAGGAGACGUUUCGGUACAUUUCUUGGGUUUUUCACGGCAAGAAACAGGGGAAGAAUAAAAUGGAGAAGAAAAUGAGGAGGAUGGAGAUCGAGCGUCGUUUUAAGGAGGACCCCAUGGGUUCCCUUCCCACACUCAACGUCCUCAAAAAGGUGCAGGAGGUCCACAAGAAGUCGUACUUCACCUUGUCGAAUAAUAACUGA